AUGGCCUUCUGCCUGUUGGCAGCCAAGCUACCAGCCUCUGCAUUGGGUGCAUCUAUUAAAACUCCCUCAAACGCUCAGCCUCAAGAUCUCGUAACAUGGGAUGAGCACUCAAUUCUUGUUCGCGGAGAGCGGAUUAUGUUCUUCUUAGGAGAAGUACACCCUUUCCGCCUCCCCUCACCAGGCGCUUGGCUUGAUAUUUUCCAGAAACUGAGAGCCAGUGGUUUCUCUGGGGCCUCUUUUUACCUCAUGUGGGGCGUGCUAGAGGGGCAGCCUGGUCAUGUGAGAGCUGAUGGCGUCUUUGCUUUAGAAGAAUUCUUUAAAGCGGCAUCUGAGGCUGGCAUCUAUCUGUUGGCUCGGCCAGGCCCUUAUAUCAAUGCCGAGGUAUCUGGAGGCGGCUUCCCAGGCUGGAUCCAACGCAUCACCGGAACGAUACGUACACAGGAUCCCGAGUUUCUCGAAGCCACCAAGACCUAUCUUUCUCAUGUCGGUAGCCUCAUUGCGAAUGCCCAAAUUACAAAGGGAGGCCCUGUAAUUCUCGUCCAACCGGAGAAUGAAUACUCAAUCUGCUCAACAUAUGCUUCUGGAAAUGUUACCGGUUGCCUCCAGCCGGAUUACAUGCAGUUUAUAGAAUCACAGCUUCGCAACGCUGGCAUUACAGUCCCGUUCAUCAGCAACGACGGUGUACCGGUGGGGAACUGGGCUCCUGGCUCUGGUGCUGGGGCUGUAGAUAUCUACGGUGUGGACCAUUACCCCUUCUCUUGGGGCGUUGGCUGUGACAAUCCUUCUAACUGGACACGCGGAGAAUGGCUCCUGAACAACAUAAAUGCUACGGUCCAGGACAGGAUGAGUCCGAACACUCCAUUUGCAAUGGUGGAGUACCAAGGAGGAGCAGCGGACUUUUGGGGCGGAACUGGUGUCGAGUCCUGCUCGGCCUUGAUCAAUCACGAAUUUGCUCGGGUUUUCAACAAGCUCGUUUACGCCUUGAGCGCCAAGAUCGUUAACCUCUACAUGACGUUCGGUGGUACCAAUUGGGGUAACCUGGGGCACGCAAAGGGCUACACCUCGUAUGAUGUGGGUGCGGCAAUCGCCGAGAACCGUGCUGUUGAUCGCGAGAAGUAUAGUGAGCUCAAGCUUCAAGGCUACUUCUUGCAGUCGUCUCCGUCUUAUCUCACGUCUGUCCCUGACAAUGGCACUUUUGGAAAGUACACAGACAGCCGCAAAGUGGUGGUAACGCAGCUCAAAUCUGGACAGACAGCCUACUACAUCGUCCGUCAGGCAGACUAUGCUGCCAACGACACGAACUCCUAUUCCUUGACUAUUCCGACGAGCAGUGGUAAAUUGAAGAUCCCGCGUCUUGGAGGCCGGUUGACCUUGAAUGGCCGAGACACCAAGAUCCACGUCGCAGACUACCCUGUUGGCAACACCAAGCUUGUCUACUCUACAGCAGAAGUCAUGGCAUGGCGACAGUUCAAGUCGAAAACGGUUCUUCUGCUCUAUGGUGGAGAAGGUGAAACGCACGAGUUCGCCAUUCGACAUGAUCACAGGUGCCCGGUAGCAAGUGGAGGAAACCGCUUCAAAUGCCGCUCGGUUGAUUCACUCUUGACUAUCAACUGGAACGUGCAAACCCAAGGCCAGGUCCUGCGCUUCGCUUCAGGUCUCGAAGUCCACCUCCUCUGGCGAAACGAUGCUUACAACUACUGGUUACUGGAUCUCCCUGCACCAGCGCCCAUAAACAACUAUAUAACGCCUUCUAGACUGGAGUCUACCGACUUGAGCGUUAUUGUCAAGGCUGGAUAUCUCAUGAGGACCGCCAAGGUUUCGGGAUCCAGCCUGUUUCUCACCGGAGACGUCAACCGGACCACGGAAGUUGAGGUCGUUGCCGCUCCUAUUACUCCUAGUAAGCUGUACUUCAAUGGACAACAAGUUCGUACCAAGAGUAAAGGGUCUCAAGCCCGAGGCACAAUAAAGUUCAAGGAGCCAAAGAUACGACUGCCGGAUCUCAGCCGCUUGCAAUGGAGAUAUGUCGAUUCACUACCAGAAGUACACAAGGUAUACGAUGAUUCCAAGUGGGUUUCCUGCACAAACAGACACACAAACAACAUUCGGGCGUUAACAACCCCUACAUCACUCUACGCUAGCGAUUAUGGAUUCCACUCUGGGUCCAUGCUGUACCGAGGGCACUUCAUCGCUACAGGGCACGAAUCGUCGUUGUUUAUCUCUACGCAGGGAGGCCAGGGGUUCGGACACUCUAUCUGGCUGAACUCGACAUUCCUUGGUUCGUGGCCGGGUCAAACCGGGGUGUUUUUCCGAAAUGAGACUUUGAGUCUUCCUAAAAAACUCAAAGCACAUGCACCAUAUGUUAUUACUACCUUGAUCGAUCACAUGGGGCUUCACGACAAUUGGUUUUCAGAUGCUCAAGAGAUGAAGGAGCCUCGUGGGAUCCUUGACUAUAUGCUUUCUGGUCACUCAAAGAAGUCGGAUCUCUCCUGGAAAUUGACAGGAAAUCUUGGCGGUGAACAAUACCCGGACCACAGCAGAGGACCUCUCAACGAGGGAAGCCUCUAUGCCGAGAGAAAGGGAUUCCAUCUGCCGGGAGCUCCUCUCAGUCAGUGGAAAAAGACUAAACUUGAUGGUUUGAAGCAAGCCGGCGUGGGGCUUUUUGCCACGACGUUUGACCUUGACUUCCCACAAGAUUUUGACAUUCCCAUCAGUCUGAAUUUCGAGAAUACGACGACGGCCGCUGGGAGUAGCGACACUGGCCGAAAGGCGCCUGCAAACUUUCGAGCUCAGAUAUUCGUCAACGGAUGGCAGCUUGGUAAAUAUGUAAAUAACCUGGGCCCUCAAACCCAGUACGUGCUCCCCGAAGGAAUAUUGAACCAUCAUGGUUCCAACUAUCUAGCAAUGACGCUGUGGUGCCUGGAUAAGUCUGGAGUUGAUCUUGAAGGAGUAUCUCUAAAGGUUGAUGCAGUUGUACAAUCGGGAAAGAAGAGAACAGCACUGGUUGAAGGCAGUCGGUACACUAGGAGAUUACAGGCCUACUGA